AUGAUAGAGGGUGUAUGCAAGGAUCCACCCUACAAAGUUGAAGAAUCUGGGUAUGCUGGUUUCAUUCUACCAAUUGAGGUUUACUUCAAAAACAAGGAAGAACCUAAGAAAGUUCGAUUUGACUAUGACUUAUUCCUGCACCUUGAAGGCCACCCACCUGUAAAUCACCUCCGCUGUGAAAAGCUCACAUUCAACAACCCGACAGAGGAAUUCAGAAGAAAGCUGCUAAAGGCAGGAGGGAUCAUGGUAAUGUCAGAUGCCACAUCGUUCUCUUCAGGACAGAGCCUUCAUCUCCCCAACCUUCCCAGUAACUCCCUGUCUUUUUCUGAAGUGAAGAAGAAAUCAUCUCAUGGGCCAAAGGACCCAACUAGGAUUCUGAACACAAAUAGCAGCAGCAGCAGUAGUAACAGUUUUUCAAAGACCCACAAGUUAACAAAGGAGCACAAGGAAAAAACUUCUAAAGACUCAAAAGAACAUAAAAGUGCCUUCAAAGAACCUUCCAGGGAACACAACAAAUCUUCCAAAGAAUCCUCUAAGAAACCCAAAGAAAACAAACCACUAAAAGAUGAAAAAAUAGUUCCUAAGAUGGCCUUCAAGGAACCCAAGCCCAUGUCCAAGGAGCCAAAAUCUGAAAACACCCCCAUCCUUACCAUAACAGGUGGGCAGCAGCAAGAAAAGAAGACCCCCACAAAAAGGCCCUCUGUUCUGGACUCUGAUGAACCUUCUGCAAAGAAAAGAAAAAAAAGUAGCUCGGAUUCAUUAUUUAAAAGUUUUUCUAGCGCCCCACCGCUGAUUCUUACUUGUUCAGCUGACAAAAAGCAGACAAAGGACAGAUCUCAACUGAAGGUGGGGAGAGUCAAAAUUGAAAACGAUGCACUGGAGAAGAAGACGCCUACUCUGCCACCGUUUGAUGAUAUUGUAGAUCCCAAUGAUUCUGACAUGGAGGAAAACAUGUCUUCCAAAUCUGAAUCUGAACAGCCCAGUCCUGCCAGUUCCAGCUCCAGUUCCAGUUCCAGUUUUACACCAUCUCAAAACAGCAGACAACAAGGUCCUUUGAGGUCUAUAAUGAAAGAUCUGCACUCAGAUGAUAAUGAAGAUGAAUCAGAUGAAGCAGAUGAGAAUGACAAUGAUUCUGAGUUGGAACGACCUGUAAAUACACGAGGAGGAAGCAGGAGUCGAAGGGUUAGUCUGAGUGAUGGCAGUGACAGUGACAAUAGUUCAGCUUCCUCACCACUACAUCAUGAACCAGCACCACCUUUACUGAAAACCAACAACAACCAGAUUUUAGAAGUGAAAAGUCCAAUAAAGCAAAACAAAUCUGAAAAACAAAUAAAGAAUGGGGAUUGUGAUAAGGCAUAUCUCGAUGAACUAGUAGAGCUCCACAGAAGAUUAAUGACACUGAGAGAGAGACAUGUACUGCAGCAGAUAGUAAAUCUUAUAGAAGAAACUGGACACUUUCAUAUCACAAAUACAACCUUUGACUUUGAUCUUUGCUCACUGGACAAAACCACAGUCCGUAAACUACAGAGUUAUCUCGAAACAUCUGGAACCUCCUGAGGAUUCAGCAUCUGGCUGCAUCAAAAACUGUUCUUUAAAUGAAACAUUCAGAAUGAUGCAAUCACAGUGGGGGGAAAAAC